AUGCUCUUCGCCUUCCUCGACACCCAGGAGGACUUCUCCGGCGCUGCUGCUGCGCUUUCUGCAAUUCCCAGUUUGUGCAAAACCGAAGGAAUCCAAAACUUCAACAAACGCAGCAGCAGCAGCAGCAACGCUGCAGCAGCUAACGACCACGUUGACUGCAACCUCACCGGAGUAGAUCCAGAGUGUUUCCUCGUCAACCUCGCAGGCCAAGUGGGGAAGACGUGGGGCACGCAGCUGGCUGACGAGCAGCGAGCAGCAGAAAUGGUGCAGAAGCUGCUGCAGGGCGAAGACGCCACGCUGCAGGCAGCAGUUGCUGCUUGUGCUGCUACUCCUCUUGCUGUUCCUCUUUUGGUUCAGUUCGGAUCUGCUCUUCCUUCUCCUGCUGCUGUUGUUGCUGAGGCUUCUGCUGCCUGCAGAGUCUAG